GACAUUUUAAUUCAGGCAAAUCUCAGGCCGCUUCUUGAGCUGGUCCUGAGGAGCACACGCAUACACGUGUGGAGUGCAGUCAACAUGGCGGACAUGCAGAUGAAGAUAAUCCGUAAGAAAAUCCAGAAAAGAAACGCGAAAAAUAAAGAGCGAAAGUUACUUAGGACGCAGACAGAAGAUGAAGAGACUGUGCAAUCAGACGGAUUGGCGGACAAAUCUUCUCAAGAAGCAGAAUCUCUUUGCACAGCAGAAACCGAACUAUGCCAGGGCGAGCAGGGCGACAACCCAUCUGCUAUUCAAACUAACGGAGAGCAAAGCUCUUUUAAACAAAAGAAGAAAAAGAAAAGAAAGGCGCCUCUUGCUAUUGAAUCACCAGCUGACAAGAAACCCAAAAGUCAAGACCAGGUCGAUGAGGAAAAGGAAGAUGGCAGUGAGCAACAGUCUUUAGAUAUCGUGGAAGAUGAAGAAGAGGAACAACCUGAACUACCAUCUGGUUUGACAGGAGCAUUUGAGGACACCUCUUUUGUUUCUCUUGCUGGGCUGGUGAGUGAGAACACGCUGAAAGGAGUGAAGGAGAUGGGCUUCGAGCAUAUGACCGAGAUCCAGCACAAAAGCAUUCGUCCUCUACUAGAGGGAAGAGACGUGCUGGCUGCUGCCAAAACGGGAAGUGGUAAAACCUUGGCCUUCCUCAUACCUUCCAUAGAGCUCAUCUAUAAACUCAAGUUUAUGCCCAGAAACGGGACUGGUGUCGUGAUUCUUUCCCCUACACGUGAAUUGGCAAUGCAGACGUACGGUGUCCUGAAAGAACUGAUGACGCACCACGUGCACACCUACGGCCUGAUUAUGGGUGGCAGCAACCGCUCAGCCGAGGCCCAAAAACUUGCCAACGGUGUCAACAUUUUGGUAGCGACGCCCGGUCGUCUGCUGGACCACCUCCAGAACACACCUGGCUUCAUGUUCAAGAACCUGCAGUGUUUGAUUAUUGAUGAGGCGGACCGCAUCUUGGAGGUGGGCUUCGAGGAGGAACUGAAACAGAUCAUCAAGCUGCUGCCUAAGAGGAGACAGACCAUGCUGUUUUCCGCCACACAGACCCGCAAAGUGGAGGACUUGGCUCGUAUCUCUCUGAAGAAAGAGCCGCUGUAUGUGGGCGUGGAUGACAACAAAGACAAUGCCACGGUGGAUGGCUUGGAGCAGGGCUACGUUGUGUGUCCUUCAGAGAAGCGCUUCCUGCUCCUCUUCACUUUCCUCAAGAAGAACCGCAAGAAGAAGCUGAUGGUCUUUUUCUCCUCCUGCAUGUCUGUCAAAUUCCACUAUGAGCUACUCAAUUACAUUGACCUUCCUGUGAUGGCCAUCCACGGCAAGCAGAAGCAGACCAAACGCACCACAACCUUCUUCCAGUUCUGCAACGCAGACACUGGCAUUCUGCUGUGCACUGACGUGGCAGCUCGAGGUCUGGACAUUCCUGAAGUGGACUGGAUCGUCCAGUACGACCCCCCGGAUGACCCCAAGGAGUACAUCCACAGAGUGGGCCGAACGGCACGAGGCAUCAACGGCCAAGGCCACGCGCUGCUGAUCCUCCGGCCACAGGAGCUCGGAUUCCUACGCUUCCUCAAGCAGGCCAAGGUCCCCCUGAGUGAGUUUGAAUUUUCCUGGAGUAAAAUCUCAGAUAUUCAGUCCCAGUUGGAGAAGCUCAUCGAAAAGAACUACUAUCUCCACAAGUCAGCCCAAGAGGCCUACAAGUCCUACGUGAGGGCUUACGACUCCCACUCACUCAAGCAGAUCUACAGUGUCAACACGCUGGACCUCCUCAUGGUGGCCUUGUCCUUUGGAUUCAAAGUUCCUCCCUACGUCGAUCUCAACGUCAACAGCAGCAAAGGCGCAAAGCUGCAAAAGCGAGGCGGCGGCGGCGGAUUCGGGUACCAGAAGUCCAAGAAUGUGAACAAAUCCAAAAUCUUUAAGCAUGUCAACAAAGGGAAGAAUGACAGAAGACAGUUCUCUCGCUAAACCCGGACUCUGAUUUGUUGUCAGCUUUUUUCCUGCUCACUCCUUGGAGGACAAUGAUGACCAGAAAUAAUGUCCGGUGUCUGCCAUUGCCGCCACAGCUCCUCUUUAAGUAUAACAGUCCAGCUCCUGACCAUGUUUCCCUUUUUUUAAAAUAAAGAUGUCCACUAGUUGCUCCACAA